AUAUAUAUAUAUAUAUAUAUAUAAACUAAGGCCUUAUUCUAAUUAGUUUUUAUAGUGCCUGGUGCCUCUUUACCUUCAGUUUUUCUUUCUGAUUGAUGUGACCCCUUCGUAGGGGUCUGGUAUGUCUCAGCCAAGCAAUGCCCCGACGUUGUUUACAACAAAAAUCAACAUUGCCCUUUCAGUCGCUGUCUUCCCCAACAGGUUCCCCGAAGGUUUUGUCCCCUAUAACCACCCUGCCUCCUCCCGGUUCUCCCCCGACCCCUUCUCCCCCAAAUUCCCCCACCGCUACAGCUCUGCUUUCUGGCAUACCCCUAGAGCCACGUCGAAAAGAACCUAUAACGGCUGCUUCCACCAUCGUUUCGAAUAUUAAUCUCACACCACCCCCUCAUUUGCCGCCGCCGGCAGCGGCGCAGGGUUCAAGUACGGCUUCCGGUACCCCUCCCAUGACACUGACGUCAAUAACUUCGAAGACCACAACGACGACUACGAAUGCGACCACUGCUGCAACGACGGGCGCUGCUGCCGUCGCUGCAGCCGCUGCAGUGGUGCUUCCAACGUCAGCAACGCCUCUUCCUUUAUUGUCACUACCCCGCAAUUCACACCCAUCAAUUAAUACAUCAUUAUUCACCUCCAAUAAAACCAACAACAGCAGCAGCAACAACAAUAACUGUCCGUUUGCCGCAGCAAGUUCCUCCUUCGCCUCUGCUAACGCUUCUUCAGUUGCUAAUGGUAGUAAAAUCGCAGCCUUCAUCCGAAUGUCGCAACAAUAUCAAGACACAUCGAAACCAAAAUUAACGUCGACGAAUUCAUCCCGUACGAUGGGUGGUAGGAUAUUUCAGCGGCGAUCUGCUGUCACUCGAUCUAAUAUGAAUACCGGACGGCGUUAUUCAACUCGAGAUAAUACGGAAGAGAAGGAAAAGGUAGCCAGAAGUAUAUUUGGUGACGUCCCGUUGACGGGCCUGGAGCGGCGUUUCUUGACGGCAGCGACGGACGGUAAUUUAGCUGAGAUAAAGCAAUGCAUCAUGGAAGGCGUAAAUGUCAACUGCAGGGAUUACCUGGGACGUACGGCACUGCAGUUGGCAUUGCAAGGAGAUCAUUAUGACGCAACUAAGUUUCUACUUGAUCACUGUACCUUGGAUGUUAUUGAAGAAGGUUUGUUGCACGCUAUCAAGCUGGAGAAUGUACGAAUUUGUGACAUGUUUCUUAACCAUCCCGUUUAUGCUGAUGAAAGGAAUCGGAGGAGAUUAGAAUUCCAGCAUGGAUUUUACGAACAGGAUGAAAAUAACUCGAAUUUCUCGCCUGAUAUAACACCGAUUGUCUUAGCAGCACAGUGCAAUAACUUUGAUAUUGUGCACAUGUUGCUUCGCAAAGGUUUCUCCAUUGACAUGCCGCACCAUUAUUUCUGCCUCUGCACCGAGUGUGACAAUCACAAGAGAUUCGACCGCUUUGUUCACUCACGCUCACGUCUGAAUGCCUACCGAGGUUUGGCCAGCACCGCUUACAUGGCACUCUCCAGCGACGACCCGGUUCUAACUGCUUUCGAACUGAGCGAACAAUUAAAGGGUUUAGAAGAGAAAGAAAAGGAGCAUAAGAGUGAGUACAAAUCUUUGUGUGAUCACUGCAAGAAUUAUGCUGUCGAAUUACUGGAGCUUUGUCGUACAAAUGAGGAAGUGAUGGCAGCUUUACAUGGAGGGUCAGAUAUUCAUGAUUUGUCCAGAGUUCGUAUGGCGAUUAAAUAUGAACAGAAAAAGUUUAUCGCCCAUGCCAGCUGUCAGGAACAUCUAAUGAGUAUUUGGUAUGCAGGUGUCCCUUGGUUCCAACAUCAGUCUUUUAUGGUAAAAUUAUUCAUUGUUCCACUCGGUAUUCUCUUCAUACCUGUCACAGCAAUCAUCUACGUUUUUUUACCCUAUUCCAAGCUUGGUGAGAUACUCAGAAGCCCUUUUAUGAAAUUCAUGAAUUACAUGUGUUCCUAUAUGGCAUUUCUGGUAUUCCUUUUGAUUGCCACAACGUCAAAAAAUACUACAACCAAUAGUGAACCAUGGGUAGUCCGUGGAUUCAUUAUUUUCUACGUAUUUGUUUUUGAAAAUCUUGAAAAAAGAGUUUGCAUGGUAAUGAAGGUGACACAUUUUAAGGAAAAAAAUCAUUUUAUAAUUAUGUUGUGGAUAAAUCAGAAAGGGGAUUAUACCAACGGAAUCAAACAUCCUGCUAUGAGAUCCAACGCCCGUAUGCUGCGGCCUCGAUUGGAUCUUGAAAAGUCACAGCAAACGAGGCUCACCUCUGGACUUCUUACCACUUUUGAGACAUUGUUUUGGGCUGCCUUUGGAAUGGGAAAUCCAAAAGCUCCAAAGUCUACUGGGAAAAGUAACCACUUGGUUGAAACAGUGGGAAAUUUAAUGUAUGGAGUGUAUAUAAUCGGAGCUGUGGUUGUUCUUAUUAAUAUGCUUAUUGCCAUGAUGAGCAAUACGUUCGAGGAAAUACAGGAUGAUGAAGAUGUGGAAUGGAAAUUUGCUCGAGCCAAGCUUUGGAUAUCUUUCAUUGAUGGAGGCGGAACUCUUCCGGUCCCAUUUAACAUAAUACCCACGCCAAAGUCCAUAUUAAAAAUUUUUAUCUACCUAAAAAAGAUUUUUAUGCGUUAUGUAAUGCAUUCAGGAGAAGAGCCAACGUCACCUAGUACAAUUAUAGACUAUGAAUACAAGUCUACACUUCGCAAGGUGGUAUUACGGUACAUCCACAAAAUGAAAUAUGAUAAAAAAGGAGAUGUCGUACGAGACGAUAUAUUUGAUACCAAAGAGGAGAUUGUUGGUUACUUGAUGAAUGUCUUCAACAAGAUUAGCAACCGCAUGGAAAGCAUCGAAAACAGUUUGGUGGGUAUAGAUACGAAACUCGCGAUGGAUGAAUGCAAUAAUGGUCUAUUCCAACAGAAUCAAAAUUCCGAUUUCUACAACUUUGACCUCGUGGUCGAUGGCAAGAACUUAUGUGAUAACAACUCGCAAACACAUUCCCCACCGCUCAAUCGGCAACCCAAAGAAAAUCUCUCUGACAGUAGACAGUCUUUUACUACCGAAGUUCAAUAUCAUGGUAAUCCGCAAAAGGACUGGUAUGACCGAAGCCUGCGAUUUGGGAGUUCGAAGAGUGACGGCAGGCCAAACAGAACACGUAAGCAAAUGGACAGUGUCACAGAAAAUGUAAUUUCAAGAUCUGUCCCUUUACACAGUAAAUAUUUUAGUCACGAGGUAUGACGGGACUUUUUUUCUGAUAUUUUGGGACUUCAGGAGUCAUCAUUUCCGUUAAAUCUAAGAACACGAGAAAAAGUAAAGUUUUGAGGAAGUCUUUUAAGGACUUUUGAAAACAUGAAUUGAAAAUUCACUUCUCACCAAGGGCCCGUUUUACAAACCAUGGCGAGUCGAAAGAUCAAUUUGACCAAAUAAAACGGUCUCUAUGAAAUUGAUCGUUGUCCGAAUUGGCCAAAGGACUGGCCGAGUUUGUCACAUUGAUGUUGAUUUAAACGAGCUAAACAGGUGUGAAAAAUACAACCUCUCUAAUGAAAUUUCUGUUUGCUUACUCCAGAUUAUUUAAGUGAAUACCCAAGAAUAAUUCACUUGUUUCGGUAAUCUGCUGAGGAUAUUUUCACUGUACAGAGACAGAUGUGCAGAGGUAAUUUCACACCUAAGAAGGGAGCUACGUUCAGUUAGCCCUUAAUUUGUACGAAACUACGUGAUAUCACUAAAUAUAUUUCACUUAUCUCCUCUCUUAUAUUUAUUCAAAAAUAAUAUCCAAAGAUGUUUCACCAAAUUUCAACUGGUGAUAUCACACUAAAUUUCGCCUAGAUCAUUUUUCGUGGAAUAGCAAAGACAAUUUCCUGUAGUUGCGAGACUUUUAGUGAAAAAUUAAUCUACAGAAAUAUCUUCACUUUUUGCUUCUUUGCUACAAAAAGUGAUCCCGUAUAUUUCAUGUUACACUUGAAUCGCAUUAAACAUUUAAUAAUAGUUCAUUUAGUUUAAAUAUAAAAUUAUAAUAAUAUCAUCAUUAUGUUUAUUAAUAUUAUCAUUAUUAUCAUCAUAAAAAAUAACAAUAACCAUGAUGUUUUCAACCAAUCUACUGCAAGUAAAGUAAUUACCAAUUAGUUCUGAAAUACCAUUCUCAAAAUAACUCCCUAGAAUUCACUACGAAAACCACCGUAAAUCUGGAUUUUAUUUCCCAGAGAUACAAUUUCUUAAACAUUUUCAGAUCAGUUAAGGAUCUCGUUACUUUCUUUAUUUUAUCUAA